AUGACAUAUAUAGCUAGAAAUAUGCAAAAAAAAAUAACCAUCAACACUGAGCUAUUCGGUGUUCGAGUGCGUCCAGUGAGUGCUUCUGAGAAACGACGGCUAAUCGAUAAACAACUGGACAUCUGCGUGGAUAUGAACAUCAAGUCGCAUAUAGUGACUGUCGAUACAGGGGCAAAUCGGUUCGACUUCAAUUUCGAGGCCACGUUUUGGAACCAGUCAGUGGUUUACGAUCAUUUCGGCAGCCCUCUUCUGGAAAAUUUUUUACAAGGAUUCAACUGCACUUUCAUUUGGAUUCUGCAGAUUUCCUUUUAUGAAAUAUACAACGAGAAACUGCGAGAUCUUUUGGCUUUGAACAGUUCUGAUGAAGAAGACGUUGAUGGUGUGAGACAUGAAUACACACGGACGAGCAUAAUCAACUUUGUGGACUUAGCUGGUAGCGAAAGGGCAAGCUACAGCACUCGCUUGAAGGAGACUCGAAUGAUCAACAAGUCCCUAAGUUGCCUUAGCAAAGUGAUACUCCAGCUAUCUGAAAAGCAGUCGUAUAUUAGCUACCGGGAUUCUUUUUUGUGUAGGCUGCUGAAAGAAAGUCUUGGAGGCAACGCCAAGACGUUCAUGUUGGCUACUGUAAGUCCCUUGAAAGCGCACAUCGAAGAGACGCUGAGCACCCUGCGCUACGCAAGCCACGCUCGCACCAUCAUUAACAGAGCGCACGUCAACGAAGACCCUGCGUACACGUUCAUCAAAAAACUGAAGGAAGAAAUUGCUCGUCUUCAUCGACUGUUAGAAGAAGGGUGUGAUAAAACUGAUGAAAGUGCCAUUGCACAACAGCAUAGCGAACAAAACGAGCAGCAACUGCAGAAUGAAGAAUCGCCUGGCGACGAGAUCGUCGACCUCGUUAAAAGAAUGGGCUCAUUGAGGGACACCUAUGAACAAAAGAACCGGGUAAAGCUGAUGCCUUAG